AUGACUAAGAACAUCAACAUUGGACCAUUGGUUAGGCUGCAGAGCUUGACUCCGAGGUCUCCAUGGCACCAAUGUUUGAGAACCAAUACAAACUGCUUGCACGAGCUUGAAACAGAGUGCAAGAGAAAGAAUCGAUCUUUCCUAGUGGGUUCUUGCGAAAUGGGUUCGUCUGUGGAGCAGAGCAUUCUUGUCACUGGCGGUGCUGGAUUCAUCGGGACGCAUACCGUUGUUCAACUCUUGAAAGAAGGGUUUAAGGUUUCGAUCAUUGAUAAUCUUGAUAACUCUGUUAUCGAAGCUGUUGAGAGGGUUAGGGAGCUCGUUGGUCCUGAUCUUUCCAAGAAGCUUGACUUUACUGAGGGUGAUCUGAGAAACAAAGGAGAUAUUGAGAAACUCUUCUCCAAACAGAGGUUUGAUGCUGUGAUCCAUUUCGCGGGUCUGAAAGCUGUGGGUGAGAGUGUUGUCAACCCUCGUCGCUACUUUGACAAUAACUUGGUUGGAACUAUCAAUCUUUAUGAGACCAUGGCAAAGUACAACUGCAAAAUGAUGGUGUUUUCAUCAUCUGCGACUGUGUAUGGACAACCUGAGAAGAUUCCAUGCAUGGAAGACUUUGAGUUAAAGGCUAUGAAUCCUUAUGGUCGUACUAAGCUCUUUCUUGAAGAGAUAGCUAAAGAUAUCCAGAGGGCAGAAUCAGAGUGGAGGAUUGUGCUGUUGAGGUACUUCAACCCUGUGGGAGCACACGAGAGUGGCAGAAUUGGAGAGGAUCCAAAGGGAAUCCCAAAUAACCUCAUGCCUUACAUACAACAAGUUGCUGUUGGACGUCUACCUGAACUUAACGUCUAUGGAACUGACUAUCCUACCAAGGAUGGUAGUGCGGUGAGGGACUACAUCCAUGUGAUGGAUUUGGCAGAUGGACAUAUCGCUGCGCUAAGGAAGCUAUUUGAUGAUCCCAAGAUUGGCUGUACUGCUUACAAUCUAGGGACUGGAAGAGGAACGUCUGUGUUAGAGAUGGUUACUGCUUUUGAGAAAGCUUCUGGCAAGAAAAUACCUAUCAAGCUCUGUGCGAGAAGGCCAGGAGAUGCAACUGAAGUUUAUGCUUCAACAGAGAAAGCUGAGAAAGAACUUGGCUGGAAGGCAAAGUAUGGUGUGGAUGAGAUGUGCAGAGAUCAGUGGAAUUGGGCAAACAACAAUCCAUGGGGUUACCAGAAGAAGCCUUGAACUCUCACUCUUUUCUCUAAUCACUCAAUAUAUACAAAGAAAAGUGUUACAUAAACUUCAUAUAGUUUACUUUACCUUCCAUGUAUUGAACGAAUCUGUUACUUCCAAUAAUAAAAUAGCUAGUUGAUGAUUCUAUUGAUGGAUAUGCAUUCUAUGGAUCGUUACAAUCCAACGAUAAAAAUAUUGUAUCAAAUAGAACCACCAGAAAGCAUAUUCAAAAAGCUUUUGUUCAAUCUACCAUCAGAUAACAUAUCAAUAACCAUCUUCAUGGUGGAAGCAUCUGCAGAGAACCCACACCUCUUCAUUUCUUCUAUAAGUUCAACCGAAGUGACAACACCACUACCUCCUAGAUGAGCUCGGAUCAGUGUGUUGUAUGUACACUCAUUUGGCGCAAUCCCAUCCACCUCUCCCAUCUUUUUGAACAACAUAUCCGCUUCAGACAGUGACCCUUUCUUACAUAGUCCUGCAAUCAUUAUAUUGCAUGUUAUGACAUCAGGCUUCACUCCUUUGAGAGGGAGGAGGCUAGAGAAUAACUCCCAAGCAUCAUCGACUCUCCUUGCAUUGCACAUCCCGUGAAUGAUGAUAUUAUAGAUCCCAAUACCAGGAUCUAUCUUACUCUUGUGCAUCUUAUCGAGUAUUUCUAAAGCCUCUUCUAGUUCUCCAUUGCCACACAACCCAUCCAGCAAAAUACCAUAAGUCACAACACUGGGUUCCACACCAAUAGAAACCAUCUCUUGGAAGAGUUCUUUGGCGGCAUUAAGUUCACCCGACUGACAAAACCCUUGGAUGAGAGUGCUAUAUAUGACUGUAUCAGCAACAAACCCUCUUAAAGAAACCUCACGGAAAAGUUUCAUACCAUCAUCAACCCGUCUAGCCUUACAAUAUCCGUUUAUCAAAGUGCCAUAAGUAACUAUAUUCGGUUCACAUCCCUUGCUAACCAUCAGAUCCAGCAUCUUCUUAGCCUCGUCUAGGCGACUCUCCAUGCACAAACCAUAUAUCAAAGAAGUAUAUGUAAUGGUAUCAGGAUCUAUACCUCUUUCCACCAUCUCAUCGUACAAGUCUUUAGCCUCAACAUGCUUUCCCUCUUUCACAAAAAUGUCAAUCAAUGCACCGAAUGUGAUGACAUUGGGUGUGAUUCCCCUUGUGAUCAUAUCUCUCAUCAACUGUGCAGCCUCACCCGAUCUUCCGGCAUUACAAAACCCUCCUAUGAGUGUGUUGUAGGUACUAACAAUUGCUUUGAUCCCUUUCGUUUCCAUUUCAUUGAAAAGUCUAAGCGCAUCUUCAAGGCCCCCAUCUUUGCAAAGACUAUCGAUGAUGAUAUUGUAUUUGACAGCAUCCAGCUUGAUCUUCCUUUCUUCCAUCUUUCUGAGCAAAUCCAAGGCCAUGGAAGUUUGCCCUGACUUGCACAUUCUAUUUAAAACUGGUCCAUAAGUAACUGCAUUUGGUUGGCAGCCAUGUUCCACCAUUCUAUCUAUCAAACCCAUUGCUUCAGAGACGUAACCUUUGAGACAAAGUCCGUUGACAAGAGACGUAAGCGUUAUAACAUUUGGUCUAACUUUCAUUUCCACCAUUCUAUCAACUAAUCCCACAGCUUCUGAGACUCUACCUUGGAGACAAAACCCGUUUACCAAAGUUGAAAACGUGAUUGUGUUAGGCUCAUACCCAAGUUUCAACAUCUUUCCCAUCACAGAAAA